UUAGCUGUAGUAUCAGCCUCCUUGGGCAAGGCUAACGCCAAAGAAAGAAGAUGUUUACGUUUGCUCAUCGCUGACUUUCCCACGUUUCUUUUGAAAAUGAAAGUAAGCCUCGAUUGUUUUUACCUCUUUCACAGAAGAGUUCCACACAAGUCCAAACUAUCAAGUAAUCAAACACGCUAAGUAGGAGAAAGCCAUGAGCCGACAAGAGUCGAUUUUGAAAUAAAACAACGUGCAUAUUGCUGUGAUUUGCUACAAAUAUGGCAUCCAUAACCCAACAAGUGAAUUACCUUCUGGCCUCUGGGCAGUAUCACACUAUUUUGUCCAUCAUCAAAGGUUUUAGAAAUGGGGCAGUGUAUGGUGCCAAAAUCAGAUUUCCCCAUGCCCUAGUGAUGACUCUCCUUUUCAGAAGAGGAAGUUUUAAAGAAAUGACCCAGGGCAUAUUAGAAGCCACCUUCACACAUUCCAAAAACCUGGCCUGUUUUGUGGUGGCCUAUAAGACCUUAACCAAUAUACUGGCCUGGCUGGAAACCCACGAGAAACAGUACCAGUCCUUUAUAGCGGCCUUUACAGGGGGAUACUUUGUAUUCGGAAAAUACAACAAAGUUAACGAACAGAUCAACCUGUACUUGUUGUCCCGAAUUCUCUACGGCCUUGCCAAGUUAUCAGUAAAGCGUGGGUACAUUCCGGCUCCCAAGGCACCUGUGUUCCCCUGGUUUGCGGCCAUCGUGUGGGGAAUUGUGUUGUGGUUAUUUGAAUAUGAACGGGAUACCCUACAACCUUCUCUGAAGUCCUCUAUGACUUAUCUCUAUCAUGACAGUAAUAGAUGGAAUAGCUUUAAGAAUUUCCUUAUAUAUAACAAAUAAUUAGAUCAGCCUGUUUUAUAAAACUAUUUAAUGCAGAUUAUAAUCAAGUAUAUAUUUUUUUUUCCUAAUUAGGCCUUAUGAUUUUGAUUUUGUUAACUUAUGUUCCAAGUAUUGCAUUUAUAUCCUAGCUGUCCAAUUAAAUCUCAAAAAAAUGUCAUAUGAAACAAAAAAGAAAAAAAAAAGAUAGAGAUGGGUGUAUAAAUUAAGUACUAAACAGUAAGGCUUUAAUUAUCAAUUAUUUGCCAGCAUAUAAUUACCAUGUAUAUUGAAUGUAGGACCAAUUAUAUGAUUACGAUGCUUCAUAAACUUUAUGGUUAAACAUUAUGGAAACAAUUGAACAAUGUUAUAUUUUCAAAUUGAAUCACUUUUAUGUAUUUAUUCCUUCAUAUAUCAGGAGCAGCUUAACAAAAUUUAUUUAUUUAUUAAGUGUGGUUGAGAUUCUUUUACCUUCAACCUGAAAGUCAGUCUGUAAUUAUAUGUACACAUUUACAGUGUAACAUUUCAAAGAUAAUAAUUUCAUGUUUGUAUACAAUUUUUUGUCAACCAUUAUCAGUUAUUUUAAAAAUAUGUACCAAAAAUUUAUUCAUGUAUAUUUAUAUAUUAAUUAAGCUGUCAUUGACUGUAUAAGGUUGUUUGAGGCUUGAUAAGUGUACAUAUAACUCUGAUAUAUUUAAAAUUAAAACAUGUAAUUACAUGCAAUGUUGCUGCAGA